AUGGCUUCUGAUCAUCAUAUUUCAAAAGAUUUCAUGAUCUGUGCUGGAGUGUCUCUUGCCUUCAUUAUUGGGACAAUACUAACAUGGAGGGCUUUAGCAUUAACAGGUCUCAUUCCCAUCGUUGUUCUACUUUUGGGUCUCUUUCUUAUUCCAGAGUCUCCCAGAUGGUUGGUAAAGAAAGGGCGUGAAAAAGAGUUUGAAGCUGCACUUCAGAAACUUCGUGGCAAGGAUGUUGAUAUUUCUCAGGAGGCAGUUGAAAUUCAGGAUUAUAUAGCAACUCUCGAACUACUCCCAAAACUCACAUUUCUGGAAUUGUUUCAAAGAAGAUACUCGCGCUCAGUGAUUAUAGGAGUUGGGUUGAUGGUAUGUCAACAAUUUGGAGGAAUCCAUGGAAUCUGCUGUUACACUGGAGAAAUUUUUGAGUCAGCAGGCUUUUCUUCAAGCAUUGGAACUAUGCAUGUCUACAGGUUACCAAUUCUCUCUCAAUUUCACCAGUUCCUUCUGUACAUAGGAUCCUUUUCUGCAGGAAUGGGUGCAGUUCCUUGGGUUGUGAUGUCAGAGAUUUUUCCUAUCAAUAUUAAAGGGAGGGGUGGAAGCCUUGCUACCCAAGUCAACUGGUUUGGAGCAUGGCUAUGUUCCUACACUUUCAACUUUCUCAUGAGCUGGAGCUCCUAUGGUACCUUUAUUCUUUAUGGCGCAAUCAAUGCACUGGCUAUAGUGUUUGUGGUCACAGUGGUACCUGAGACAAAGGGCAGAACUCUGGAACAGAUCCAAGCAGCCAUUAACGCAGCUUAAACAAGUCAUGGGGUGGGUGGAAAUGUUCAAGGAUUUUGGCUUUUUGCACUUGAAUUUAGGUAUUUUUAGGGCCUUUAUUUGCCAUA